CGUAGACCACCUCCACCUCCAGCGCCAGUCCAACAACCUCAAGGAAGGGCAACAUCACCCAGAAGUUUAAGGAAAGACGAAGAGGAAGGCAGUGAUGGAGAGUCUGGGAAUAAUGUUGGUGGUGGUAGUACCAGGAAUAAGUAUAGGAACGAUAAAAGCGCACCAGUAUCAGUUUUUCCAGGAAUGUCAUCUGGUGGAUGGAAGGCUGCUUUGGAAGCUAAAAAAGCGGCCGCAAGGGCGACUGAAAGCUCAAAUGUUAAAGAAACUGAACAAGAUCAUCCAGUCGCAUCUACGAAAAAGAUCCCAAUUAGUGGUCGCAAACCAGUACCAAAACCUUAUAUUCCACCUAAACUGCCAGCGCCUGGAGAUAGACCUUUAGCUCCCCCAAGACCUGGAUCGAAUUCUGAAACACCAUCCAAAGCACAACAAAGCCUUGCUGACGCGGCAACAAGGAACCGAUUGACAGCGGGUGAACAAGAUGAAGACGAAGAUGAAGAAUGGGAUUAA